AUGGGGAAAGCCAAUGAUCUCUUGAACGUCAUCCUCGCGCCUGUCGUUUUUGCAGGGCCCGUGCCCCGGCCUGUAUUCGGGGAAACAGGGUAUCUCACAAACUCUUUGUGUUCCCUUCCCGCAGGAGAGAGUCUGAGCCCGACCCGCCGCUCCGCCAAGCGGAAGAAGAAGCAGCGAAGGAACCGCACAACCUUCAACAGCAGCCAGCUCCAGGCCCUGGAGAGGGUGUUCGAGAGGACGCACUACCCAGAUGCCUUCGUGCGGGAGGAGCUGGCGCGCCGGGUGAGCCUCAGCGAGGCCCGAGUGCAGGUCUGGUUUCAAAACCGAAGAGCCAAAUUCCGCCGUAACGAGCGAGCAAUGCUGGCCAACAGGUCGGCCUCUCUUCUCAAGUCCUACAGCCAAGAUGCCGCCAUUGAACAGCCGAUGGCCCCCCGACCCACCACCCUGAGCCCAGACUAUCUCUCCUGGUCUACCACAUCCCCCUACAGUGGUACAGUGCCUUCCUACAGUUCCAGCAGUGCCGCCACGCCUGCCCAAGGGGUGAACAUGGCCAACAGCAUUGCCAGCCUACGCCUCAAAGCCAAAGAGUUCAGCCUCCAUCAGAACCAGGUGCCCACGGUGAACUGACAGCGGCAUGGGGAAUCCCGCCUCUUUCUCUAGGGCACCCCAGCCGGGCUCUUCUCCCAGCCCGCACACCAGCAUCAAUUCCAGGUUGCUGAGCAACCAGGCCUCAGUGAUUCUCACACCAGCAACGCCAAACUCCGCCGCAAAGUCUCCUCGUCUCUGUCACACCCCUGCUGCAAACAGAGCGAGUGCCGACGAUAGUUUGUAACUUCCGUGGACCUCCACGGGUGGCGUUUUAAACCCCGUCAAGCUUUUAAAAAGAAGUAUUUCCUUGAAGAAUAAAUUCUCCAAGAAGAAAGAGAUCUGGCAAGUGAACCCGAGUUUGCUCGAAAGGACCAAAGGACAGACUCGCAACCCACACAUGGCUUGGCUUUGAAGUCAAAGUGCCUGGACACCCAAAGAACUUCCGAGCAUUUGGGAGCAGAGACUGGAACCGUGGCCAGGUGGUCCCCAUGAGCCGCUUCUACCCCCUUCCCACCCUCCCGUUUGUCCAAAAGUUUGGCUGACUUUGGUGAUACGGAACAUGGCACAACCCAUGCAAAUAAACCAGUGUUUGUAUUGACGUUGA